AUGAGCGGGAUUCGAACGGGGGAGUCGGCGUGGCUCCAGAAGGAGAUCACGCUCAAGGCGCCAUCGCGUGGCUUCCACCUCGUGACCGAUGAAGUGUACAAGCAGAUUCCCGAGAUCCGCCACUUUUCGGUCGGUACGGCGACGCUCUUUGUCAAGCAUACGUCAGCAUCGCUCUCGCUCAACGAAAACUGCGACCCGGACGUUCGCAUCGACAUGGAAGGCGCAAUGAACCGCAUUGUGCCAGAGAGCUGGAACCGGGAAUUUUUCCGCCACACGAUGGAGGGUGACGACGACAUGCCGGCGCACAUCAAGUCGACGCUCAUCGGCGCUUCCAUCACGGUGCCCGUCUCGAACGGCAAGUUCAAUCUUGGCACGUGGCAAGGUAUCUACUUGUGCGAGCACCGCGACGUGGGCGGCUGGGGCAACGGCCACAACCGCAAGAUCGUCGUGACCAUCAACGGCCUCACGACCACUUAA